AGUCAGUCCAUAUUAUUGAAGCCAAACGUCUCUUAAAUGGUUCUUGAAUUUUUAACAAACCACCCAGUGAAUUAGGCAAUAGGUGCAAUUUUUCAUUUACAUAAAUCAGUCUGUUUCUGGCAGCUGGAUGAAACAUUUUGACUGCAACAACUUUGUCACUCAAGUUGAGAUCACUUAUAAGUUGCAGAGUAUUUUCUCCAGCAGCGCCUUCAGAUCUGAUGGUGCGAGGACCUUUCUCAAAUAUCACUCCACUGGGUGCUGUUACACUUCUUAUCCAUCCUCCUAAACGAUUAGAUGCUUCAUAGAGAACAAUCGACCCUAAUUUUGAGUGUUCGACAGCGUAAUAUGCUGCACUUAGGCCCGAUAUUCCUCCCCCUAAAAUAGCUGUCAUUUUGAAUACAAGUUCAAUUCAAAACAUUUAAAAAGUUUAUUUGCGAAUUUCCCCGGGAUCCCGGUAUCCAAUUCUAACCUCGCCAACAAUCACGCAAAGUACUAACGCGCCGCAGCUCGUGUCAGUUAUUUUUGUUUGCAAUUAUCGAUUAUCGGCUUAUCUGAUGGCUGAGCAACGCGUCGAUGCAUGUGACGGUUAUACAAUUUUGUACGCGGUUUAACUCACGAGAGCAAAGUGUAAGCUUCCGAAUAUAGGCGACGACUUGCGGGCUUUAUUAUAGGCACUUCCAAAUUUCUACAUCAGUUUAACCUAGCAUAACCUGAGCGUCCACUCAGUAGCAGUAGAUAAUAAUCACGGCCAUCAGGUAUAGGUAGGCUCUUCUACUUCUUAGUCGCAAUAAAAAGAGCAGACGACUUGACAUUUGAUCGAAAAGAUUUAAAAAAUACCAGUUGUGCGUUAAUGUGAACGUUUGGGAUGAAAUUGCUGAUGCUGUUCUUUUAAAAUUGGAAUUUCAGAAAGUUGUAUUCCAUGACUGAGGAUACUUUUAAGAAGUAAAAAAAUCCUUAUAAAAGAUGAAGGACGGUAGUCGACUUCUGCGGGUUCUAUUAAAAGUAUCUGAAAAGGCAGCUAACAUUGCGCGGGUUUGCAGACAGGAUAAGGCACUGUUUGCGUUGCUUGUCCAAGAAAAAUCUGCAGAAGAGAAAAACCCUAGGUUCUUUCAAGAUUUCAAGACUUUAGCUGAUGUUCUUAUCCAAGAAACAAUUAGACAUGACAUAGGAUUAGAGUUUCCAGAGUUAGCUGGUGCAGUCAAAGGUGAGGAGAACAAUGUCUUUAGCAACACUUUAGGGGAAACAAUUACCGUUGAGAUUUGUUCUACUGAAAAGCAGACUUCUGAACUCUUGAAAAAGGUAUUGGAUGACGAUGAGACAAUUGCAGACUUACUUGCCAAAGAAGUGCAUAAGGAUAUACUUUUGACCAAUGUAGCUAUUAGUUCAAAAAACAUUCCUACAGAUUUCGAAGUUGAUAUUUCUGAUCUAGGAAUCUGGAUUGACCCCAUAGAUUCAACAGCUGACUAUAUUAGCGGUGGUGAAGUUGUGGAUGAAGCAACUGGUCUGCAUCUGAGUGGAUUGCGUUGUGUUACUGUACUUAUCGGAGCUUACUCACAGAGUUCUGGCUUACCGGUCAUAGGAGUAGUCAAUCAACCGUUUUAUACAGAAACAGACUCACGAUGGAAAGGUAUGUGCUACUGGGGAUUUUCAAAUGACAGUGUAUCCUGCUGCUCUAUACGCAACAAUGAAGAGCCAACCAAUAGAAUUGUUUUGACAAGUAGAUUUGAAGAACCGAGCAUAAAGUCAAAAUUAAUAGAUGCUCAAUUUAGGAUUAUAGAACCUGCAGGAGCAGGCUACAAGAUUAUAAGCGUCGCGCUCGGUCAGGCGGCUGCGUACGUUCUUUCAAAAAGUUCAACUUACAAAUGGGAUGUAUGUGGUCCUCAUGCCAUACUGCGGUCCCAAGGUGGAGGUCUGCUGGAUUUUAAAAAAUAUAGAGAUAAUCAAGAUUGCUGUGAUUCUGGCAUGAAGUAUUCCAAUGUUGACAGUGAAGCUGCCAACAAAGGAGGUUUGAUUGCUUUUAGGGAAAAAGAGAUUCUUGAUAGUCUAACAAAUAUUCUGUGUUAAAAAGGAAAGAUGAUCUCAUUAUUGUGCAAUAGAAAUAUUUGUAAGGUAAAGAACUUUCACAUACAUGUUUUCAUGAAAAAUUGUGUCAUACAAAGCUUAACUGUUUAAUGUAAAGUCAAGGAUUUUAGUGUUUCGCUGUAAAUGUUUUUAACGAUUUAUGUGACGUAAUAUUUAUCUCAUGUCGAACCGUGAAGAAAAUUCAGGUGCUAUAUGUGUAACAAUAGUAUAAUCUAUUCCAAAUGACGAAUUUCACUGUGAUCAUCUCUAUUUUGUUGUAAUGAUAUUCUACGAAAGUUGACCGUUUCAAUAAAGUCUAAGAUAUAUAUUACAAGGUAUAUCAUAAAUAA